AUGGAAAAUGCUGGUGCAGAUCUUGAAGACCCAUGUGAGGGCAGGCUAUCAGCAAUAUUUGCAAGAGCAGCAAAACACGUAUUCGGCUUCUUCUUAAUGGUGGUUCUCUGCAAUCUCACGCACUACUUUCUAAGGCCUUUUUCACAGCCUCGCAUCACCUCUGAAACCCUUGUGGGGCUUCUCUUUGGGAACUUAGGCAUUGUACACCACUUAUUUGAUAAAUCAUCAAAUCAAGUUCUUCGUUUCGUCAUCGAUUUUGGUAUGAUAUGCUACAUGUUUGUGUUGGGGAUAGAAAUGGAUCCAUAUGUUCUCUUCAAGCCACCAACUCGGGAAGCUAAAGUUGCCUACGCAGGAAUUUUCUCCACCUUCCUCCUCGCCUGUUCCAUCACCCCAUUUCUCAACUUCUCAGAGAAAUACAACACACUCUGCAUUCUCGCCCUCUCCACCUCCCUCUCCAGCACAGCCUCCCCUGUUCUCACCCGCCUGAUAACCAGCUGCAAGAUCGGGAAAUCUGACAUCGGCCGGUUCGUGAUCGCGGCCGGAAUGCACUCCGAUUUCAUAUCCACUCUUAUCAUUUCCAUUGGCUAUAUUAUAUAUCCAAUAAGAGGUAAUAAAGAACCUUUAGGAAAGAUCAGCCGGCCUCGAGAAAUCAUAGAGAUGAGUUCUUCACUGAUGCUGCAGAUUUUGGUUUCUGCAAAAGUUUCACCGAUUGUUAUGAAUUGGGUUAACAAUGAGAAUCCUCAAGGAAAACCCAUGAAAGGCGCACACCUGGUUCUCUCAAUUGCUUUCAUGGUGUUGGUUUGCAGCUGCUCGACUGUAUAUGGAUACAGCUCUGUUCUAAGCGCGUUUAUGGCAGGGAUUUUCUUUCCCAGCGAUGGGAGAGUAUCCAAAUGGGUAAUUGCCAAGGUCAACUACUUGUUGAACACCAUUUUCUAUCCCAUUUUUUUCAUUUGGAUGGGGUUUGAAGCUGAUUUCGACGAAUUUCAACCUAGACAUGCAGGGACCUGGGAAAGGUUAGUUGUGCUCAUUGUGAUACCGACGGUUGGGAAAGUAGCCGGAACUGUUGUUUCUGGGGUGUUGUUGGGCUUUCACUGGCCGGAAUCUAUUGCACUUGGGUUGCUUCUAGCGACAAAGGGCCAUUAUCAAAUUUACAUGGCUAUUGCUGCUAAAUCAUUUGGUAUCACAUCUACUUCAACCAGCAUUGUGAUGGUAAUUGCAGUCUUUUUCACUGUCGUAUACACCCCAGCAGUAGUUGCGCAUAUCAUCAGACGUGCAAGGAAACGAGCACCAACUCACAGAAUGGCACUUCAAUGGCUUGACCCUGCAAAUGAACUCCGGGUCUUGCUAUGUGUUCAUGGACCUCAAAACGUGGCUGCUGCCAUUAACUUCAUGGAGAUUUCUCGAGGCACAGCUGAGCCUGGAACCGUCGUAUUCGUCACUGACAUGAUCGAGCUCACCGACGAAAUAGCAGCCACGCUUGUGCAAGGCGACGGAGUGGACACCGUGGCGGUGACUGACAAGUGUGUGACGGAGAUGAGAGAUCAAGUCACCACUGCAGUUCAGGCCUAUGUGGAGCAGAAUGCCGAGGGUCUCAAACUCAGACGAAUGCUUGCACUCUCCACCUUCAAUGGCAUGGCCUCAGACGUUUGCAUUUUGGCAGAAGAGUUGAUGUUGACACUCAUCAUAUUGCCAUUUCACAAGAGCCAGCGUGCAGAUGGAACAUUGGAUGCAGGCCAUUCAGGGUUCCGAUAUGUGAACCGCAAGGUGCUCAGGAGUGCCCCAUGUUCAGUGGGAAUUCUAGUGGACAGAGGCCUUGGACUGAUAGAAAAGAUAUCAAGAUCAUAUGUGUCUCUCAACGUUGCGGUUAUUUUCAUUGGUGGCAAAGAUGACAGAGAAGCCCUAGCCUAUGCCGGCCGUGUAGCCCGACAUCCCGGAGUAAAGCUCACGGUGAUAAGAUUUUUAGUGGAAACCAAUGCGGAGAACACGGGCCGAUCAAGAGCCGGCAACUAUCGGAUCAACAUUGCAGAGCAGGAAGAGGAGAUGAAGCUUGAUGAUGAGUGUUUUGCAGAGUUCUAUGAAAGACAUGUUGCAGGAGGACAUGUUGCAUACACUGAGAAGCACCAUGCAAGUUCAGCUGAGACUUAUUCUACUUUGAGGUCAUUGGAAGGGCACUUUGCACUCAUCAUUGUAGGAAGAGGGGGAAGGGUGAAUUCCCUGCUGACAGUGGGCAUGAAUGACUGGGAGCAGUGUCCAGAAUUGGGUCCAAUAGGGGAUGUUCUUUCAGGUUCUGAUUUCUCAGUGAAGACCUCUGUUUUGAUCAUCCAACAACACAAUGUAAGAGGAGAACUAGAUGGUCUUGAUGAUGACUUCUCUAUCAUGUAAAUGUAUCAAACCUAGUGGGGUAGCUUAGGACUUAGAAACUAAUUGUUAU